UUAUCUGACAUUUCUUAAUGAAGAGUCGUAAACAAGUGUUUUAGUGAUACAGUUACCCAAAUGCAUAAACUAUUUAAAUUGUUAACCGAUGCUUAAACACAAUCGUGGAACUUUGUGCAAAAUGGAAAACGAAUCAUUGUGUAGAAUAUGUGGAGUUUCUGCAGUGAAAGAAGUACUGUUAAAAAAAUUCAGCGCUGUUGCUGAAAUCUACUACCAGCUGACCGCUUUACAGCCGGAAGACACGAACUCUUCCGACACUGUAUGUCAGCGAUGUCACAGCACUUUAGUCAUGAUCGACGAUUUUCGGACAAUGUGCCUAAAGGCGUUCGAUCGACUGAAGAAAACAAAGAUAACGCUUCCCUCAUCAAUCGAUUCAACAUCGUCGAUCAAGGAAGAAGAAAAAGAGGAAACUGAAUUUAUGGAAGUAACUUUAAGUGAAGGACCGGAUUUUGAUCCUGAUGUUUUAAUGGUAAAAGUGGAAGUAUGCUCGAACCAGGAACCGCUGGAGGAUGAAAAUCACAUUGAGAAUGAAGUUGGUGAAAGCUCAAACAUAGAUAAAUCCUUGAAAAAGAGGAAAGGCCGCAUUCCCAAGACAAAGAAAUCCCCGAACAGAAAAUGCAAGGAAAAGGAGCCACAAAAAAGAGUAAAAAUCGAAUGCGAUCAGUGUGACAAAUUCUUCUACGAACAAAAACGGUACGAGGGACACAUGCGAGUACAUGCGGGACUUAAGCCGGCGGUGUGUGAGAUUUGCAAAAAGGGAUUCUCCAAGUGGGCCUAUCUGAAGGAACAUAGGCAGAUGGUUCAUGAGGCAGUAAAAGAACGGUUGACUUGUGAUUUUCCAGGCUGUGGAAGAACGUUUAUUUGGAAGCAACAUCUCAAAUUCCAUCAAUCCAAGAAACAUACAGGACCGCAUGAGCCAAAGUCCAUGUGCGAGCUGUGCGGAAAGACGUUCACCACCGCUGCCAAUCUGAAGAUCCACAAAUAUUCUCAUGGCGGCAAUUUGCCAUUCUCCUGCAAUUUGUGCGACAAACGAAUGGACAGCAAAUUCAAGUUGAAGAUUCACAUGAUGCGGCACAAAGGAAUCAAACAGCACACUUGCGCUGUGUGCGGUAUGAAAAAAACCACUAUCACAGAACUGAAAACGCACAUGAACUAUCACACAAGAGAUAAACAAUACCCGUGCGAUACGUGUGGGGCGGUGUUCUAUAGCAUAGGAAACAAACUUCGCCACGUUCGGAUCGUCCAUCAGGGAAUUAAGGCGUAUUCGUGUACCUACUGCGAUCUAUCGUUCGGUAAAGCCGAGACUCUGAAACACCACGUUAUGACCCAUACCGGGGAAAAACCACAUGCCUGUGACCUGUGUGGCAAACGAUUCAUCCAACCAACGGCACUGCAAACUCACAAAAAGACUCACUUGAAAAAAUGUAACUAAGCGAAUCUUCAUCCGACUGAGUUGCGUCUGAAUAUAUCCAUUCAUAUAUCUGGUUAAUUUGCGACAAAGUUUUAUAUUUCCGACGUUACCGGUAAUAAAGCAUUUUCUUAGCUCA